AUGGCGAACGCGCACCGGACAAACGUUCUGGUGACGUCAUGUCUGAAGACGCCGGUUGACCCGCACACAAAAGCCCCGCUAGCUUCUUACGAGAGAGGGCUGCCGUACACGGGGACGAGUCACCAUGACAACCGGGACUACGAGAAGGAGCUGGAGUAUGAGGACUCUGGCUCUGAUUUCUGUGACGAGGACUACGCGGGGAAGGGCGGUCCUCCCAUGAGGACGGACUACAGAGCAGCAGGAGACCGCUUCGACCUGAGCGGAAUCUUCUUCUCCAACGAGGAGUACUACAGCAAGCUGGAGGAGCUGAAGAAGGCCCACCUUCGCACCAUGGCCGAGCUGGAGAGCAUGUAUCGGCGGAAGCUGCAGCUGAAGGCCAUGGAGCCUCUGGACCUGACGGCGCUGGAGACCGGCAGGCACAGGCUCCCGUGGUCAAACAGCAGCCCGGCAGCUUCACGUCGUUUUAGGAAGUCGCACUCUGCCAUUGAACUCAGGAGAGGCUCCGGACAGUCAGACUCUUCAGACGAAGAAGAAGCCGAAGCGGCCGUUAACGAUGUGGAAAAAGGUCUUGUUUUUUCCCCAAAAGAACACAUCAAGAACAUGUGGCGCGACUUCAAGCUGUCCUCUAACAAUCACCACCUGUCCUCCUCCUCGGUGCAGAGCCUGCCGGCAGACCAGAGGACACCACGAAGAGGGAGAGGAAGAGGAAGGAAGAGGCGGGAGGGUGAAGACGGAGAUCAGGAGCUCUGGAAACACAGAAUAACCGUCCCGAAACCUUUCCAGAUGAUGGUGCGCGAGGCGGAGAGGUCAAAGCGCAGCCUCAAGACGCGUGCAGAGAUCGAGCAGGAGAACGCGCUGCUGAGACGACAGCUGGAAGAACUGACAGAGUGCCAGAGGAAGUUCCGUGCCAGCAGCGUGCCGGCUCACGUUCACCUCCCGCUCUACGGAGAGCUGCAGGAGCGCAGAGAGGAACGACGGCGAUCGAGAGAGCGAGAAGAUCGGCACCCUCGAUCCACCCAGAAGCCCUUCAGCUUCCUGGAGAGGGAGCGGCUGAAGAAGGAGCAGAAACAGCUGCACCCCCGACAGCCGUCCGACCAGGAGAGAGUCAAACCCUUCAAGGCCAAGCCCGUGCCCAAGGCCGUGUACGCGGCGGCGUCAGGCGAGCAGAUGAAGGAGGAGCAGCUGUACCGCUCCAUCAAGAUGCAGAUGAGAGCGCAGGAGAUGCUCCACAGCGCCUCCAUGCCUCCCAGCAUGCUCGCACGACGCCUCAGCGACCGCAAGAAGACCAACGCAGACGGAGGGGACGACAGCUUCUCCCACAGGCCGCACAUCAACGCGGAGGUGCCCGACUUCGACGCCAGCUACCGGCGCUUCCAGAGACACCUGGAGAAACAGAAGGACAUGAAGCCCACGACCUCGUGCGAACCCUUUGAGUUGAGGACGUCCCGCAUCACUUCGCACCGCGAGCGCAUCCUGGCCGACAUCGAGAAGGAGCAGAGCAGCCCUCGGAUGAACCGCUGGCCCUACGUCAGCCCCGGGCCGCUGCGGAGGGCCAACUCCAGUCUGUGUUCGUCGCUCUCCGGCAGCCUGGAGAUCCUGCCCAACAAAGUCACAGACGCCAGCAAGAAGCGGGAGGAGGCCGUGAGAAAGCUGCUGGAGCAGAGGAAGAAGGCUGAGGAGGAGGAGGAGCGGUGGAAGGACAGGCAGAAGCGGAGGGAGAAGAAGCUGCAGAGGGUGGUGUUGAAACGUGCCCAGGCCAACGACCCCCACCUGGCCCUGUCGCAGACACACCCGACCAAACUCAAAGAAUUCAGGAAACAGGAGCUGCAGCGCAAGAAGGAGUACCAGCAGGAGAUCAAAGAGAUGCAGCAGAGAGUGAAGGGGAGGCCGCUGCUGCUGGAGCAGGUGGCCCAGAGGAACGCCAAGCAGGCAGCAGAGAAGCGCUACACAGACGCCGUGCACGGGUGUGAUCUGACCGAAGAGUUCAUCAGCAGCAAGGCCGAGAAAUCCGGAUCCGCACGCAAAACCUCAACAUCCAGUGACUACAAACACAGUGACCAAGAGGAGCCCGACAUGGGAUACAAACCCGUCCACUACAGGAAGGUUUUCCUGGACGACGGGGACGUUGACCCAAAGGACGGAGGGAGCGACAAAGCUUCACACGGCCGCCGCUCGGAUCAGGAUCACCGCGGCGAUCACGGUGACCGCUCUUCAGAUGAAAGCUACCACUACUCGGACGACCAUGAGAAUUAUUCAGACGACAGCGAGCACGACGCCGACACCAGAGAGCAGGAAGCAGGGGAGUGA